AUGGAUACAGCGCAAACGCGGCCUCGGAGGCGGUUGAAAUUCGACAGCUCUCGUGUGGUGGGGAACUCCAUCGAGUUUUUGUCCAAUGGAUCCCUGGUCCGCAGCCUCCGCGACGCGCGGUCCUUCGCGGUGGCCUCGCAGCCGCUGUCGCCGGAGAACGGGAGCUUCUUCGCGGGGCUCACCUGGUACACGGGAAGCAUCGUGUACAUUGGCGUGGCCACGUCACCAGAGAACGUCAACAAUUGGCAGGCCUGGGUAUGGAAUCCCUCGCACCCACAGUUCUGUCGACAUCGUGGGGGCAAUAUGGAAAGGAGUACGAACUUCGGAUCCAUCAAGGUGGCUCAGGGGGACGUCAUUGGCGUCUUGCGUCAAGGGAACAAUCUGAUUUUCAGCCACAACGGCCAGCUGGUAUGCAGGGGCAAAGAUCAAUCCUGUCAUGUCAUGGCAUCGGAUCUCGAAGAAGAUGUCUAUCCCUGCCUGGGCUUUUGGGCCUCCAAUGUGCAGUGGGAAAUCCUCAGGCACCGUGGGCGGCGGUACCAACCGGGCACCAACCGGAACCCCAGGGUCCCAGGGUCCCAGGCACCGUGCUUGGAUUUUUUUUGUGAAGGCUAA